AAGCCGGCCCAGUGAGAUAAGAGAAGACCAUAUAAAAAUUAAAAACAAAAGGACGCCGGCGACUUCCGCAAAACCCAGCCGCCGUUCCUCCCUUCUCUCUCAUUCUCUCGCCGCCCGACCACCUCUCUGCCUCCCUGCUUCGUCUCACCCUCCAUCACCUAAGGCCGCCACCGAAAUAGCCGAUCGUCGCUCCGACCGCCUCCGCCUUGGUAGAAAUCGCAAGAACUUCUUUUAUUUACAAAUGAAGUUGUUGCACUUGUAUACUCUGCAACAUCCUGCACUUUUCCCUCUUAUUUUGAUUUUCGACUUCUCUUUCUUGCAGUGAAAUCGUUUUAUUCCCGCCCGCCCUCAAUGUUUACCGCCGGAGGAACAGCUGCGGCAGCCUUCUCGCGCUCUAGGAGGUUCUUCAGUACCAGCAAAUUCCAUGAUGCAUUUGGGAGUGCGAUUGCCGAGAUGAAUAAGGAAAUGGAAGUGGUCUUUGGUGAAGUACCCCCUAGUGGAUUAGCUGGUUCAGUUAGCACCAAUCCUCUUGUUGAAGAGCAGCAGCCUCAGUUGAAAUCCCAAGAGCUUCCCCUUUCUUUUACUGACAGCAAUACAGCGCAAGAGCUAUCCCGUCACAAGUUCUCUCAUAUACCCGAUGGUGGAGACAACAAUCUGAGUGGUUUGACCCAUGUCGGCAGUAGAGGAGAAGCUCAAAUGGUGGAUGUAUCUGCAAAGGACUCAACUAAGAGAGUAGCUAUUGCCAGUUGCAAGGUGGUUUUGGGGGAGAAGGUGUUUGAUAUGGUCUCGGCCAACCAAAUGGCUAAAGGAGAUGUCCUUACUGUGGCCAAGAUAGCUGGCAUUAAUGGAGCAAAGCAAACGAGUACGCUCAUCCCGCUUUGCCAUAACAUUGCAUUGAGUCACCUCCGUGUCGAUCUCGUGCUGAACCCUGAAGAUCACAGUGUGGAGAUCAAAGGGGAGGCUGCAACGACGGGGAAAACUGGUGUGGAAAUGGAAGCAUUAACUGCUGUGGCUACUGCUGGUCUAACUGUGUAUGAUAUGUGCAAGGCUGCUUCUAAAGAUAUCCGGAUAACGGACGUGCAGCUUGAGGGCAAGACCGGUGGGAAAAGUGGAGAUUGGUCCAGGGGAAAAGUGUAAGGUUUAUGAUAUGCUAGUAGCUUCUGACCAUUAUUAGUGUGGUGCCUUUUGAGAAGGUUUUGGGGGAAGUCAUUCAAACAUCUGUUUGUCAUUUCCGGAGUGAUAAUAGAAGAGGGUGAUCAUUGUAGGUGAAAUAGCUUGUAUCAGUAAGAGGGUGGUGAAAAUCAGGUGCAGAUGUACCA